AUGUCUGGUUCCGGUGCUCAAGGUACUAAGUUUAGAAUGUCUCUUGCAUUACCAGUUGGUGCAAUCAUGAACUGUGCAGAUAACUCUGGUGCAAGAAACUUGUACGUCAUGGCAGUUAAGGGUUCUGGUGCAAGAUUGAACAGAUUACCAGCAGCUUCUGCAGGUGAUAUGGUUAUGGCUACCGUUAAGAAGGGUAAGCCUGAACUAAGAAAGAAGGUCAUGCCAGCUAUUGUUGUCAGACAAUCCAAGCCAUGGAGAAGAAGAGAUGGUACCUACCUUUACUUCGAAGAUAACGCAGGUGUUAUUGUUAACCCUAAGGGUGAAAUGAAGGGUUCUGCUAUCACUGGUCCAGUUGCAAAGGAAUGUGCUGACUUGUGGCCAAGAAUUGCUUCUAACUCUGGUGUUGUUGUUUAA